AUGAAUGACGAGAAUAUCUCGAGCGCCAAUUCAAAUCUGAAGCGGUGGGAAGAGCUAUUCGAGGAACAGUCUGCUAUCUUUCGAGAAACAACUUCCACCAAUGUGGCCCUCGAGGCCAAAGUCGACGAACUCGAGCGUGAACUUUCCGUAUGGAAGUCUGCCUUCAAAAACGCGGAAGAGGAAAAGAAAGCCCUCAAUAAGUCAGUCGUGUCUCUUGAGCGCAGAAUAGACUCUCUCAAGGACGACAAUCCCCUUCUUCUUUGUUUAAUCGAUGGAGACGGAAAUCUGUGGGCGGAGGACUUAUGGCAGCUUGGGCAGCUCGGAGGUCGACAGGCCGCUUUGCUCUUGACUCAGGGCAUAACGGAGCAUGCAGACGACUCUCGCUCGCAGCUUUGGGUGACCGUGUAUUGCAACAAAGCCGGCCUUAUGGAGACGUUAGUCAAGAACCGAGUUUGCUCCUCUGAACAAUUCGAAGGGUUCCUGCACGGGUUCAACCUAGCUAGCCCGCUUUUCUCCAUCAUUGACGUCGGGAACGGGAAGGAAGCUGCAGACACGAAGAUCAAAGAAUGUCUAAGAGUCUUUACGCGGUUUCCGCAGACCGUGAAGGUCUACUUUGGGGGAGGCCAUGAUAAUGGUUAUACUUCGACUUUGACAUCCCUCGAGAAUGAAGGCCUCCUGGAUAAGGUCACGCUCUUGCGCGGGUACCGAAAUUUAGCCUUCGAACUGAAAAACCUGCAACUCCCUUACCUCGAAAUUGAGCGCUUGUUCAUGACACAAAAAUUGCAUACAAAUCCACAGAAGAAAUCGACGACUCCUCACGCAACUCCCUCCCCGGCGCCAGACACCGGAAAACACAGAAACGCUCCCUUCACACCGUCAACAAGCAAUGGGCAUCAGCAGAGUGCAAAAUAUAUUGACCCAAACUUGCCCUUGAAUAAACAUACUCCACCCCCGUGCAACUUCUUUUACCUGGCGAAAUGCCAUCAAGGCACCAACUGCCAUUAUGGUCAUGAUUAUAUCAUGACUACUGAGGUGAGCUUUCGUUAUUCGCCUGGAUGGUAG